AGAUGCUGCAUGCAGGCGCGGAUAUCGAAGAAACGACUAUUGACGUUACCGGUAUCUCCUCAAGAUUUUAUUAAGUGAUGUAGGAUUAAAACUGACCCUUUGUUUGGCUUCAUUUGCUGAUGAAUUUUUGUCCCCUCUUGCUGUUCUCCAAUAUCCAUCACCGUGGCAGGGAAAAUGAGUUUCUUUAGUUCGAAUCGCAACAAGACGCUCCGCACCAAAUCCAAGAAGCACAUUCCAGAGGGUUUCCAUCAGUAUGAGUUGAUGAAGCAUGCGGAGGCAACGCUCGGUAGCGGUAACUUGCGGCAGGCCGUCAGUUUACCGGACGGAGAGGACAUAAACGAGUGGGUUGCCGUUAACACUGUGGACUUCUUCAAUCAAAUCAACAUGUUAUAUGGUACCAUCACAGAGUUCUGCACAACAGAUAAAUGUCCUGUCAUGUCCGCCGGACCAAAAUAUGAAUACCAUUGGGCCGAUGGUCAGACUGUGAAGAAACCUAUCAAAUGUUCAGCUCCUAAAUAUAUCGACUACCUCAUGACGUGGGUCCAAGAUCAAUUGGACGAUGAAACAAUAUUCCCUUCAAAAAUAGGUGUGCCUUUCCCCAAGAACUUCAUGACGAUAGCAAAGACGAUUCUGAAGAGGUUAUUCCGGGUGUAUGCCCACAUCUACCACCAACACUUUGACGAGAUCGUCAACCUCCAGGAGGAAGCCCACCUAAACACCUCAUUCAAGCACUUCAUCUACUUUGUCCAGGAAUUCAACCUCAUCGACCGGAAGGAGCUGGCGCCGCUCCAGGAACUCAUAGAUAGGUUUUCAAACAAGUGAGCCAUGCAGGAAUAACUGACGAGACAAAGACUCGAUAGCUGCAGUUCUUGUAGGACCAUGGUGGUCGCUUGUGAUAACAGUCGGUGUCGUUCAUCCUGGAUCCUUGUUCGGCCCGGUAGAGUCUUGGUAUGAGCAGUCUGUCUUGUAUUGAAUCCAUCCUUCGUCAAGUCCAAACUAGCCAUAGUCCUGGAACUCCUCAGGUAUUCAUGGAAGCGAAAUCCUUGAUGAUGUCCAGAAGGAUGUGAUCUUGAUAGCAUGGCAUCACUGACCAAGCUCAAGACAUGAUCAUUCAUGUAGCGUGUCCAGUAGUGUCCUGUAGUCAACCUUUAUGUAAUUGACCUGAAGUGCUUACCCCAGUCCAGAAACUCGCUGAAUGUUUUGAAGCAAGUGAUGUCAUUUGCUACAUAAAAGCAAGUCUUCGAUGAUGUCACAAAGAUAGGAUCUUGAUAGCAUGGCAUCACUGGCCAAGGUCGGGACACUUUUAUUUAUGUAGUGUGAUCAGGUGUCCAACCAAACAGAGUUGAAAGUGCUUAUCCAAGUCCAGAAUCCGGACGGUCUUGAAGCAAGUGCUGCCUGUUGAGGUCAUCAAAAGCCUAAUCAAGAGGAAGAGACUCCAUACAAGUGAUCCAUGUGGUUCUCCCACAUAGUGUCACCUGGAUCCGAAGAGCUAGGCUUUGUUCCGUGAUUUGGUAGGCUUGAAGUGACCCACCGAUGAUCAGUCCAACGCCCAACUAGGAAUAGGAAACUGACCAAGAUACAGGUGUGAUGCCAAAGUAACAAUGUCAAGAGGACAUUCACAUAGGUUGGCUCAUAUGGUUUUCUAUUGUGGGUGUUAUCAGGAAUCUUUGUUCCCUUUAGAAAAAAAAUUGUCAUCACGAUAUAGGUAUCCUGUACCUUGUUUACUGCCCCCAAAUGCACAUCAUCACCCAAAGGUCGUUUCAGUUAUGUGUAGAUAUUUAUUUAUUGUCUAUUAGCAGCAAGACAAGAUGCUGCUGAUGGAACUUGAUUGACGUCAUUGGUUUGUACUAGUAUAGUGAAAACAAGUGCAGUUCUCCUUGAGGAUAUGUAAUUUAUUGAGCAUCAAUAGAUUCAUAUUGAAUGCAGUAGAUUUAUAAACUGUUCUUCUUUUUCUAACCUGUUGCCAACUGAAAGCAGGGGAGUGUUUCACAAAGAUUUAAGUAUGAC